AUGCUUCGAUGUAGGUCUUCAAACACAUCCUUUCAAUAUAAACCCCAUUACAACACGAUCCCCAGCAGCAAAAAGUAUUACAUCACUCUUUAUGGCGGUUCUGGUGUUGGGGGUACGGACACAAACGAAGGCAUGACGGUCCGCGAAUGCCGGAAACACCUAAGUGCACCGGUAGGAUGGAGGGACGAGGUUAUGAUUGGCAUCAUGGCAAGGUUCUGGGGGAUGCAUAAGGAUAUGCAGGAGGUGGAUUAUUGGGAGGCUAUGCGGGACCUUGGGUUUAUGGAGGUUUUGGAGGGCGUUGAGGGCGCUAUGCUGGGUGAUGGUAUGGAUGUGGACAAGAAGAAGCCGACGACGUACAAGAAAGCACAAAAACGAAACCGACCAACCCGGUCCUUUUGA